AUUGCAACCAACUUUGAAGUGCAUACCGCCACCUACUGUACUGGAGUGUGUAACAUCAUGCUAUUUAAUUGAUCUCAUAUUCUACCCAUCAACCCUGUGACUUUAAGAAAUUUAAAAAGUGCCAUUCUGGUGCUUAUAAUCCCUUUCCUCUCUCCUUCUGUUCCCAGUAUCCCAAUCAGAUUCCAUUCCCGUCCUGCUUCCUGAACCCCAUCUUGUAACACCCGUCUUUCCAAUUCAUAUAAUAUACAGUGUAAUAUGACAUGUUCAGCAUUUUCUUUAACCCCACAUUUUUUAGUUCCAUUUCUUCUGCCAAAUACUUAAUUUAUACUACAUAAAAGUAUUGCCGCCAGAAAGGGGGUUGGGCUUUGGAGGGAAGUUCAAUGAUUGGUUUAAAUAUUUACAGACUCUAAGCCAAUGAGCGACUGGGGCUCUCCUUUAAACACAGUAUGUGGAAACGCUCCAGCACUUCAUUUUGUUUUCUUAACUGUGAAGGUAUUUAGAGACUAAUUCAUAAAAUGAGCGGCAGAGGCAAAACCGGCGGCAAGGCCCGAGCAAAGGCCAAGACUCGCUCGUCCAGGGCAGGACUGCAGUUCCCCGUCGGCCGUGUCCACAGGCUCCUCCGUAAAGGCAACUACGCCGAGCGCGUCGGUGCCGGAGCUCCUGUGUAUCUGGCGGCUGUGCUCGAGUAUCUGACCGCUGAGAUCCUGGAGCUGGCUGGAAACGCCGCUCGGGACAACAAGAAGACCCGCAUCAUCCCCCGGCACCUGCAGCUGGCGGUGCGCAAUGACGAGGAGCUGAACAAGCUUCUGGGCGGAGUGACCAUCGCUCAGGGCGGCGUGUUGCCCAACAUCCAGGCCGUGCUGCUGCCCAAGAAGACCGAGAAGCCCGCCAAGGCCAAAUAAUGCUCCGGUCCUUCACUGACAACCAACGGCUCUUUUCAGAGCCACUCAUUCAAUCUGAUAGAGAGCGUUUUUUUCUAAUAAUCAUCAUGGACGUAUUAUACUCGUUUUGUGAAUAAUGUUGUUAGUUGUAAACCCAGGGUAUAAUAUCUAUUGACUUCAAUCUUAUAAGUUACACAAAAUGAUCAAAAAAAAAAAAUACUGCAUGCAAUUGGACCCUAAAAUGAAAUCAAUCUAAACAUUUUCAUUUUAGUUUGUUGUAACAGUACUAAAAUGGAUAAUUUAAAAAUAGUUGAUGUUUUCACUCAAAGUAUAUUUAACUGAAUGCUUAAACACAUUUAUUCAGUUUUUUUAAUGUGAAACACAAUAAAAAGUAACGUUUCAUAUCCAAAUGUUGCUCUCGGGCAACAACCAUAGACGUCAGUGUUCUAAUCUUCAUCAUCUUCACUGUCACCCUAUCCUUCUCUUCCUCGUCAGUGUGACUCCUCAUCCUUGCCCUCAUCAACUGCAGUUUACACCUUUUUUAGUUGCUAUAGAAAAUGUGUAAUCAUUAUUUACAGAAAAAUAAAACUUUUUUA